AAAUACAUGCUUGUUGCUAUUAGUUACUAACUUACAAGAAACAAAAUCUUUCUAUUGGCAUGUUUACAAACACGUUGGGUUGAACUUGCUGGAAAUGAACACCUACAAAGCUAUUUUAUAUUUAUUCAAUUUUACUGAAGUAUUUGAAAAUAAAUUUAUCUGUUUAGUUUUAUUUUAUUAAGAAAAUGACAUCAAAGUUUAAACAAAAGUAUGAUAUGUCUGAUUGGUGUACUUCUAAUGAGCUUUUACAAGGUAAUGCUGAACAUUCACGAGAUACAUCACACUCCACUCGACAAGAAGCUCGACGUUUGAUAAACGAUACAGAUAAUUUUACUGUUUGGACACAACAUGAAAGUAAUUGCAAACUUGCAGAUCGAAUUGAUGAUAUAAAUGAAUGGAAAACAUUUCUCGAGAAGAACUUAGUGGAUAUUAAUAAAGAAAUCGACGCUUUACAGUUUUAUAAAGAGAAUACGGAAUUAUCUUUAGAAACAGCCAAAAAUUUUCACAACAAAACGAUUGAGUGUUUAAUGGUACGAGAAAACAGAGAGGGAAUAGACUGUGUUAGAGAUAAAGUUGAAGAAGAGUUACACAAGGAUGUUGAGGUCAUUGGGUCAAUAAAAAAUCACUUACAACAAAAAUUAAAUGCUUGUUUUGAACAACUUAUUCUUUUACAAGAAACUCGGAAUGAACUUUCUAAUGAUUUGUCUGAUAAACAUCAUGCAUUAGGUAUUGAUUCAAAAUGUCAACAAUUUAAUAAUGGAAAUUGUAAUCAAUUAACUACUCAAUUGAUUUCUACAUCUAUUCCCAAAGAAAUGGUAACAUUCGAAAAAUGGCGUUCAUUUUCAGAAAAAAAUAAAAACCGUGCUGAAGCUGCCAUUAAAGCUUCCCAAAAUGUCAGAAAUCAAAUUUAUGCAACACUAGAAAAAACAAAAAAUGACUUUGAAUAUAAAAAAAAACUAACAGAUUAUGCAUUUAGAAAAAGAAUAAAUGAAACUGAACAAGUUCAAGAUGAGUUAAAAUGGCAACGUCAAAAGACACUAGAUGAAAUUCAAACUUUACAAAAUGACAUAGAAGCUAUUAAGAAAGCAUUGGAAGCUAAAAUUGCUCCACUAAAUGUUGCACACACUCGUUUGGAAUGUAGAAGUUUGCGAAGGAAUGUAGAGUUAUGUCAAGAUAAUCCAUAUAGGCAACUCUCUCAGGAAGUUGGUGAACUACGAUUAACGGUUGAAACCUUGUUAGAAAAACAUCAAAAGGCUGAAGUUGCUAUGCAAAAGCUAUUGAAGGAUUUAGCACGUAUUGAAAAAGAUUCGGAAAUAAAAUCAAAGUCUCUUCAAUUGGAUAACCAAUGUUUGAAAAUUCGAGAAAAUGCAUACAAGAGUCUCAACACCAUCACUCAAAACAAUAUGUCAAUUGGUCAUGGUGAAAAUAAAUCAAACAUUUGUGAAAGGCAGGUACAUUUUUUAGACCAAAGUUUGUCCUCCAUGUCAUCUGAGACUGCUCAUAAUGUAAAAAAAACUGUGAAUCAUGACAAAACCAUCAUGCACUCAACUUACGAUUGUGAUUAUAAUCGAUUUGCGCCAAAGAGAACCAACGACUUGCAACGAAUGAUAAAUAUCAAAGAAUCCCUUUAUGCUUAAGAAAGGAUUUUGAUACUGAAAAAAAUAUAUUUUUUAUCACUUA